GUUGGUAUCGCCGUCGCGCAACAUGCAGUAGUCAUAACAGAAAGGUUCCAUCGUGAAAACAUACAAAACUACAUUGAUCAGUGCUUUAAGUUAGCGAACCGGAUUCAUUGUUUUAGUUUACUAUUCAAUAUUUAAAAAAUGAAAAUACGUUGAUUACAUUCAGGAUUAUUAAAAACGCAGUCUAACAAUGCGACGUACUACACAUUAGCCAUUCAUGUGAUCGAAGCCGCUUAGGCCUAGGAUGGAAUAUACCACGUCAUCAAUUGUCGAUAGCUUUCCAUUUGAGCCCACCGACAUAAAUGCAUCAAACCUUUCUUCUGUGAACGAAAGCAGUGAAAGUAACAUGAGCAAAAUAAGUUACUUAACACCCAGGUUGGACAUGGAGGAGGAGGGAGUGACAUUCGCAAAAGUGAUUGAGCUUUACGUCGUGCCAAUAUUGGUGGUGACAGGGGCGAUCGGUAACUGCCUCAUUUUGCUGACAGUUCGACAGAGAAAUAUGAGAAACUGGUCUAUUUGUUUCUACUUGGCGGCAUACGCUGUUGGUAACAUCAUCAUUCUCGUGCCAAUGGUAGGUGCAGAGUGGCUCUGUCAUGUAACCUCAACGGUAUACAUCACAAAGCUGACAGAUUGGACUUGUAAGCUAUGGCAAUUCAUCAUGGGUGUUACCAUCUACUCUGGAAUUUGGUUCGUUUUUGCCAUGCUAGUAGACCAGUAUAUCGCUAUUUGGUUGCCAUACAAAGCACAAUCACUGUGUACAAUAUUCAUGGCUAAAUUUGCCAUAGUGAUCAUUAUAAUAGGCUUGACAGUUGUUAGUGUCCAUGCCAUUUGGACAUACGAACUAUUUCAAAACGGAUGCUAUAUACUACACACUCCAAACGAUCUCCUGACGCUUGUGUGGCCUUGGGUGUCACUUAGUUUUUACUGCAUUAUUCCUUUGGUACUCAUAUUCAUUUUCAUUGCUCUAGUACUAUAUGGCACAUUCACGAAGACAACUUGGAAAAAAUCGGCAAGCAAUUACCAAGUCCCAAUGGAUAUUACCGUAAUGACAAUCGCGUUGUCGAUAUUCUAUGUAAUAUUUGUUACACCAGCUACGGUAAUAAACAUCAUAAAGAUAAACCUGCCAAACUCGUGGCUUCAUGAUGAAGAGUUUUACAGAAAUUUAGUGACCAUUGUUGUAGUGGUUGGAGAUCUACUCACCUAUCUUAACCCCACUCUCGCCUUCGUCAUCUGCUUUGCCUUUUCCUCGACGUUCAGACUGGAACUUAAAGAGAAAAUACGAUGUAUGUGUUGUGAAAACGUUACGAGAAUCUAUGAAAUGCAAGUCAACUCGUCCGCAAGUGGUGCAGGAAAUGACCCUGAAAAUUGUUCUGAAACUACACCGUUAUAGGGUAUUUUUGACGACUGUAGAUAAUGCAAAUGGAUAAUUUAAUGUUGUGAAAAGCAAUAGAUUCAGAUAUCUUAUAAAUAUACAUUUCGACAAUUGUUUAAUAGUAUGAACUUGAGUUGCUUGCAUCAAGUGCAUGAGUAUGUAAAUAAAUGGCACAGGGAAUAUUACGGACACGCCUAGAAGUCGUGUACUUUACAGACAAACAAACCAGAAUCACGAGCGACAACGCAAUAUUUUGUUUCCAGAAUCAUAUUAUUUUCUUCAAUAUUUGAAAAUGAUAUGUGUAGGUAGUAUGACAGACUUCUGUUCUGUAAUACAAUGGAAACAACAGAGACAAAUUCAGUGGCAAAGCAUCUUCGAAGGCCAUGUUUAGAUGCCGGACAAAACUAGAGAAAAAACACGCACAAAACAACCAAGACAGACCACACAUAGCAUAGACACAUCUGCAAUCAAACAAGUCGGCGUUAUCAUAUAUAUUCAACAUUGGCACCCGGAAGGCGGGUACUCGAAUACUUUUUUUCAUUGCAUGUUCGGGAUGUGGUUAUGAAUUGACACUCAUGGAUAUUAUUUGAUAUACAAAUGUUGUGAAAAAGUGGUAAAGUUGAUAUAUCAUUGAAGACUACUUUAGUUUGUAGCUAGAGAUCUAUUGACAUCGUCAGUUGUUUGUUAACAAAUAUAAUGAGCUGAAUAUUUUGUACAAAUAAACAAAUAUGUAUAUCUGCAUGAUGCCAUUAUAAGACAAAUAUCUAGUUGUCACAAAAACGCCGAUGUAAGUAUUAAAAAGAAAUAUAAAUGUUUUUGUGAUGGCGUACUAGAAAAACUCGAGUAGGCUUCUUUUGUACGCUACUUCAUUCUUUACUUCAUUUCCGUAUCAGACAUAAGAUAAAUAUUUUGCAAAUGAUAAAAUGCGACUUGCAUACUUAAGUUAAUGCAUACUUGAUAUGAUUUACCUUUUGCGUUUUAUCUUUAUUUAGGAUUGUUGGGAUAAGAGUGAGGUUUGUGCACAUAAACUGCUUAAAAAAACCCAGUAAAUUCACAUUUUACUGACCGUUCCAAGACGGUACCUAC